AUGGAACCUUCAUCUUGUGACACAUUUGUGGCUCUUCCCCCCUCUACUGUGGGACAGCGCAUCAUCUUUGGGAAGAACUCGGACAGGCCCUGUGAUGAGGUCCAAGAGGUGGUGUACAACCCUGCCAGUGACCAUGAGAAGGGAGCCACAGUGGAGUGCACAUACAUCACGAUUGAUCAGGUUUGCCACACAUACGCUGUGGUGUUAAGUAAACCAGCAUGGCUAUGGGGAGCAGAGAUGGGAGCCAAUGAGUAUGGAGUGUGUAUUGGCAAUGAAGCAGUCUGGGGCAGAGAGAGUUCUGAUGGUGAGGAGGCUCUUCUCGGCAUGGACCUAGUCAGACUAGGUCUUGAGAGGGCAGACACAGCAGAAAAAGCAGUGGAUGUGAUUACUGAGCUACUGCAGAAACAUGGACAAGGGGGAUCCUGCAUGGAGGAUGAGAGUGGUUUUACCUACCACAAUAGUUUCCUCAUCUCUGACAAGAAGGAGGCCUGGCUUCUGGAGACAUCUUCCAAGUACUGGGCAGCGGAGAGAGUGGAGAGUGGAUAUCGCAACAUAUCCAAUCAGUAUGGCAUUACUACUAAGAUCGACAGAGAACACCCUGAGAUGAGGGACUAUGCUCGCAGUAAAGGCUGGUGGGAUGGAAAGAGCAAGUUUAAUUUUGCCUCUGUCUACUCCUACAUGACCACCGCCAGAAUCGAGGCUUCUGGGAGUCGCUACUGUGAGGGCAAGAUGUUAUUAGAAAAAAGUAACGGUUCUAUUACUGCGGAAACAAUGAUGGCUAUCUUGAGAGAUAAAGAAAGUGGCAUCAACAUGGAGGGAAUGUUCAUGUCAACAGGAAGCAUGGUUUCUGUGGUCCCCACCGAUCUAACCCGACCAGCCGUGCACUACUUUACAGCAACGCCAGAUCCAGAGAGAUCUGUUUUCAAACCCUUCAUCUUUAUAGAUGGUGUGGGGCCGACUAAAGAGACAUGUUCUCCCACUUACGGUGCAGAUGAUCCUGUGAAGAAGCAGCCUCGUUUCCAGAGCAAACCUGAUCGCAAACAUACAUUAUUUUCCACGCAUGAACGCGUGUCUGCUAUUAUUGAGACCCACAAGGACAGAGGACAGAAGAUCACAGAGAGGAUGAGGGGACUUGAACAGAACAAGAUUGAUCAGAUGGAGAAGAUUGUUUCAGAGGGUAUUACAGAACCAGAUUAUUUGGUCAACUUGUUUUCAAACUGUGUUCAAGAGGAGAUGGCGAUUUAUGAGAAAAGCUAA